AUGCCAAUAGCUGCUGCUCUCCAUCCAUUGAUUAGUACUGCUCGUGUCUUUGAGGAAGUGGUCAAUGUGACUCCACCAAAUAAGGAUGCACGUAGAGAUAUCGUUUCGAAGAUUAUACACGAUCGUUUGGUUGCGGCAAAUGAUUUGGCUCAGUCAUCCGAAGCUCCAAUUAAUUUUACAUACCUGGCUACCCAAACCGAAGGUUACUCCGCCACAGACUUGCAGGAUUGGCUUCUAGAACCGUGCACCAAGUCACCAUGA